AGGAUUUUGAAAGAUAGGCAAGCUCAAGCGUGCUGCAAAGCGGGGCAGCGUGCAGGAGGACAUACAAGGUAGGGUGUCAUCUUGUCUAACGUGCUUCUCUGUAUAGGUUCGAUCUUUGACGAGUCGGUGGCGAUGUCGGCACCAUUCACCUCGCCAAAUAUCGAAGGGAAGCCAAUAGUACCCAGAUGGCAACGACCACCAACGACACAAGCUGACUUGGAUUGGGCGACACUGCAUACCAUUGAUCUGUCAUUGCUUGACUCGCCAGACGAAGAUGUUGUGCGAGAUCUGGUGGAGCUAACCAAGACAGCCAUCAGAGAAGACGGCUUUCUGUUUCUCACCAACUAUGGUGUUUCUCUAGAACAGCUUCAGCGCCAAUUCGAUCUUGCGCAAUAUCUGCACCGCAAUAUUUCCGACGAUGACAAGCAGCGGCUAUUAUGGGACCCAUCAUCUGGACGCUUCGCAGGUUGGAAGCAGCAGUGGGGAUGGAAGAGGGAGGCAGGAGAAUUCGAUGGCAUUGAGCAGUUCAAUUUCUAUCGUGGGGAGAUUGAGAACCGUGAUAGGGUGCCUGACUGUAUCCUACCGUUUAUGGACGAGAUCACGGCUUUUUGCGACUAUCUGACAGGCUCGGUGAACCGACGGCUUCUUACGCUGCUUUCGAGAGUCCUUGAACUCCCGGACAACUAUCUCUGGGAUCACAUUCAAUCCCAGGACAGCACGGUAGGCGAUGGGUACUUCCGACAUGCCUUGUUUCAUCCUCUGCUCGGUGAAGAUAAGAAGCGCCGCAAGUCUGUAAGGAUGUAUGGCCAUACUGACUAUGGCACCACUACCCUUCUCUUCUCAGUCCCAGUCACCGCACUCCACAUCUGGUCGAAGCAAGACAGGUGGCAACCCGUCAAGUAUAAUCCUGGAGCGCUUGUAGUCAACCUCGGCGAAGCUCUCGAGAUCGUCUCUGGAGGCCACUUUAAAGCGACGAAGCAUAAGGUGACCGACACUCCUGCCGAUCAAGAAGAGUUCGAACGACUGUCGCUGGUUUUGUUUAAUGCUUCCAAAGGCGACAUGAGACUAAUGCCCGCGGUCGAAUCACCCCUGCUACAGCGCGAAGGCUUCGUCAUGGAACAAGGCGUAUUCCAGCAAUACAAGAAGCUUAUAGAUGCCGGUAUCCCGGUCCCGACGAACAAGCAAUGGCGCGAGAUUCAAAUCAGCACACGGAGUCAGGUGGCGCCAGAGGAGAAAUCGGGCGGCGUGCAAGAAAUUGGUGGCGUCAAGUUUGGGGUGGAUGAGUUCCUCGGUGUGAAGGUGCUGCUCCCAGUAUAGAUCAAGAUUCUACUGGCAGAACCUAGCUACUUCGUUUCAUGUUGUGUCCAGCCAAGCAUGUUUCAGCAGUGCUGGCGGCGCGCUACUGAAGGUUCUUUGCGCCUUCAAGACGUCUUCGUAAAGUUCAAAGCCAAUUUGACCAUCAGAUUGCGAUCUCCUAACCUUCCGAUGUGGCAGCAUUAAUGUUUGCAAU